AUGCUCUCUGCUAUUCCAAUGCAGCAACUCUCUAUUUCUAGUAAUGACCCUUCUCCACCUAGUAGUCCAGAUUCUGACAGCGACCCUCAACCUAAUUCCCUCCUCACUGUCCCAGACAUCGACCACAAUGGUCGUCUUGCCACUCAAAUCCCUAUCAAUUCUCCCGACAUCGCACCACAAUCUCGUUUCCGCUUUCCCCGAAAGUCAUCUUCAUCCGCUCUCAAGCAGCAGCCUCCAGGCACCCCCCCACUCGCCAAACAUGGCCCUCUCCAUGAUCUCAAACGCUUUCUCAACCAUCAUAUACCUCAUUCUCAUUCUCCUUCUGCAUCUUCUAGCGCUGCACCAUCUUCGAAUGCUUCAUCGUCCCAUACACCUCCAGAACUACAAAUUCAACCCGCAGAUCAGCGAAGGGGUAAUGAUUUCGACACCAAUGCCGUAAUACACGCAGUUCCUAUAAUAUCCACUCACAAGUCCUCGCCCUUCAGCUUCAUACAAAAAGCACGCAAUCGCGACAAGGACAAAUCUUCCCCUCAAAAAUCAUCCCCUCCAUCCACGUCUCUAUCGUCUAAACGUUCAUCACGAAGUCCUCCAGGAACUCAUGCUGCCGUUCCAAUUCUCUCUCUUUCAGAAGCCACUCACGCUCAUCUAUCCAAAAAAUAUGGCAAGUGGGGUCGUGUUCUCGGUACUGGCGCAGGUGGCACAGUCCGCCUCAUUCGUGCACGAACCAAAGCAGGAGGUGCCGUUUAUGCCGUCAAGCAAUUCCGCCCAAGACGUUCCGGCGAAUCAGAGCGUGAGUACGAGAACAAAGUUAGAGCUGAAUUCUGCGUCGGCGCCUGUUUGAAGCACGUCAAUGUCAUCGAAACAGUCGAUAUCGUCUGCGAUCAUGGCCAUUACUAUGAGGUCAUGGAGUACGCUCCCUACGACCUAUUCAGCGUCGUCAUGUCUGGCCGCAUGUUACGUCCAGAAAUUUUCUGCGUCUUCCGUCAGAUCUGCAACGGCGUCGCAUACCUUCACUCUCUAGGCCUAGCACAUAGAGAUCUAAAGCUCGAUAACUGCGUCAUGACACAGGGCGAUGUCGUUAAACUCAUCGAUUUCGGAACCGCCGUCGUCUUUGCCUAUCCCGGAACCGGCACAUCCAACACCUCACUACCGGCUGUAGUCACAGGAUAUGUCGGUGGCGCCCUUGAUGCCCCUUGCCCUUUACAACCCCCACAUCCCAAUGAUCCACCAUCCGGUCCGCACUCCCAUGCAAGAUUGAUACCUGCCACGGGUAUAGUUGGUAGCGAUCCGUACCUUGCGCCAGAAGUCCUGGAAGGUGGCUCCUAUGAUCCUCGAAAAACCGAUGUAUGGGGCGUCGGCGUCAUUUUUGUCUGCAUGGUCCUCCGCCGCUUCCCAUGGGCAGUCCCUGACCGCGAGCGCGACAACUCAUUUAAAGCAUUUAUCGAGGCUGAAGCUUCUUGCCCGCUGCCGCGCCCUAAAUCCAAACGUAAACACAGGCGUCCAAAUAGCGCAAAACCCGUGUCCUCAAAUCCUCGCCCGCCAAGCCCCACCAUAAGUGCCCCACCGAGUCCUGACCCGCGGAGCACGUCCCUGGAUGUUCCAAGUAUCCAUGCCGACGGGACCAAGCCUCUCGACGACAACAAGUCGGUGUUGUCGAAUACGUCGGUGUGUACCGCUACAGCGAGCACCCUCACGUUAUCGUCACCGACUGGCAGCGAUACAGGGAGCGAAAGCUCGCCGCGCCGGCGUGCGAUUGAGCUGGGAUUACCUAGUCCUGGUGCAAGGACGGCCACGCUGCCUGCAAUGUCGAGCUCGCAGGGUGCACACCUGACUGAGGGCGGGGAAACGGAUCAGAGCGUGUUGGUGUUUGCGCGCCCUGGAGUUUCGACGGAGAGUUUGCCUGCGCUGAGGGCUAACAACCGAGAUGAGGUCAGGGGCACCAUCAAUGGGCAGGGCAAAGCCCCUAAGGAGCGGGAUUUCGCGCGGGAGUCUCUGACGCACAAGGCCCUGGGGACGAAGGUCAAUGGUGUCCAAGCCAACGGUAUACCAACGCCGUCAAUACCAGAGGAAGCUACUGCUGCUUCUUCACCUGCACCUACUGCUCAACCAUCAUUACCAGAGCGCACGCUAACUUCGCCUGGAAAACGACCUCGUGCAUCAUCAACAACGUCGCCAAACUCGAUAUUCCGCCUGCUACCGCGCGAAACGCGGCCUGCGCUACGGCGGAUGCUGUGUGUCGACCCUAAGCUGCGUACGACCAUGGGUGAGCUACUGUGGGGUCGACGGGACACAGGUGGGAUCAUUGCGCUAGCAGAAGGGGAACAAUGUGGUUGCGAAGAUGGGGAGUGCGAAUCUGACACGGAAGAGCAGGACGGUAAUGAGGAUGAGGAUGCUGCGGAGGAUGAUGCGGAUGGGGACGAGUGGGUGCGGAGCAUUGAGACGUGCACAGAGACCGGUGCGCCCAAGCAUGUCCAUGUGAAGAUCCAGAACGAGGAGAAGAGUUUCAAGAAUAGGUUUUUCUGA